AUGUCGCUUGCACGAACAUCCAACGCCCUUCGAAGAUGGCCUUGUCUCUAUGAUAAGCCUCCACUCUCACUCUCCACCAGCUACAUCCCCAACAACACCCGUCUCUCGGACAAUCGCACCCCUCGCACUACCAAACACAAAACCACCUCUCCGCAAACAUCCAGGCCAUUUCACUGCACAGCCUCCUGCGAUGCAGCUCGAUCCCCGGCCGCCCGUCGAGCUCAGGCUCAGACUCAGCGGCUCCGGCCAGUCUACUCGAGUGAUGGCCUGUUCAACGUCCCCGCGCACGGGGACUUGACAGCGCGGCUCAAGUACCUCGACGAGAAAGGACCGCUGCUAUGGAUGUCUGCAUUGGCCGAGGGGCUCCUUGACGACAAAGUCACGAAAAAGAUGUUUCUGGAUAUCGCAAAGAGAUUACUGGAAACUGCUCAUAGAGAGCUGCCUUCGGGGGACGCCAUUCGAGGGAUAUCUUCAGACCCGGACCUCGUCUUCCAGAUCGGCUACAUCGUCUCCAGCGGCAACCCAACCUUCCGAGAAUGGCUCCUCGCCUCCGCCACUCACGCAGGCGCCCGCGUCCCCCUCCUCAUGUCCGCAGCCCGGUACCUGAGAUCCCUGGGCGACACCGCCCCAGUCCGCACCCCGACCCUCGAGAAAGUCGAGCGCCUCGCCCUCCAGGACCGCGACCCGCGAGCCAUGACUCUCCACGCCAAGAUCCUCGGCCUCCGGAAACGCUACGCUGAUGCCCUCCGCCUCAUCGAGCAGGUCAUGGCGCUCAUCUACCCGUCCAAGGUGCCCGUCGCGAAAGAUGGGGGGUUCGCGAUGGCGCGCAUCGAGCCGCCUUGGCGGGUCUACGUGUGGCUGAAGGAGAAAGCGCAAACGCAAACGCAAGCGAACGCGAAAACGAAACCGGGGGAAGCUGCCACUGACGCCGAGGCUGGGGCCCAGACUGAUGACCUCCUGCGUUCCGCCGCGCUGGACUACCAUGACCCCGAGUCGCUGGUCCAGUAUGCCACGGCGCGGAUGCAAGCGGGCGAUCUGGCCAUGUACGAGGACUGCAUGAGCCGGGCCGCGACGGCGGGGAACACGGACGCGUGCCGCCGACUAGCCAACUUCUACUAUCUCACUUCGCUGGGGCGGUAUCCGCGGCGUGGGAUGAACGAGUCCACGGCCCCCGUGGAUGCAGGCGAAGCUGCGACAAGCUCAGCCUCAACCCCAGCCUCGCAAACAAGGGAACCGAGCAACCGGGGGAAAUUCAUUGCUCUGCUUUCAAACGUAUUCGGGCCUCAGCCUCGUGCGGAGUACCGCAAGCUAGCCACGGAAUGGUACGAGUUGGCCUUCAGCCAUGGCAAUGAGCAGGCCGCUUUGGUUCUGGCGGUGCUGCUGCGGGAAGAUGGCUCCGCCUCUCGGGGGUUGCAGUUGCUGGAGCAGAUUGAGGGAUCGCCUUGGCUUGGGCCCCUCGUUAGACAGAUCAAGUCGCAGUGGGAUGAUCAGGGUCAGAGGGUUGGUAUCCCUGUUGAGCUGCUGGACGUUUGA